AUGACUUCGACAAAUGGACAACAUUCACAACCUUCACAACAACAUCAACAACCAGAAUAUAAUAUUGCCACUGCUUCAUCUCCAACUUCAACUGCUGCUGCUGCUGCUGCUGCUGCUGCUGCUGCUGCUAGUGCACCUAAUAGUAAUACAUCUCCUACAACUGCAACUGGUAUAGUGGAUUCAACUUCGUCUCGCACCACUGCCACUGCUGGUGCCACUGUGACUGUAACAUCAGAAACAGUUAUUGGUUCACAACCCACUUCAACGACGUUAGUAUCAGAUCCAUCCAAUGCAUUUCAUCAUCGUAAUCAAGAAUUCAGACAAGUAUGUUUUAACCCAUCAAUAGUUGCUACCAGUGGACUCACAGCUGCUACCUCCAGCAAUGCUGCUGCUACUUCCACGACAACUAACAAUACAUCAUCCAUUAAACGUAACUCUCCAUCAUCUAAUGACUCCUCGAAACGCAUAAGACUAGAUACAACAAACACCAACUCCAACGCCAACUCCAACGCCAACACUAUUCUCACUUCAACUAAACCACCUAAAUUUGUUCGCAAAUAUAGAUCAAGAUCAUUACCAAUCAUCAGUUUUAAUAAUUCAAGUGCAUUUUAUCCUCAUUACAGACAAAAGAAACAUCACCAUCAUCAUCAUCACAAUCAAGAUCAACACCAGAAUAUCUUCAAUACCAAUUCAACUAUUGCAUCUUCACAUUCAUCAGUAAACAACACUUCAUUCAUCUCUAAUACAGCUGUUAGUUCGAGUUCCAGUUCCAGUUCCAACACUAUUCCAUCCCUUCCGCCAAUCAACCUUCAAUCUUUAAAAGAAAUUGAUUUACAUGAAAUAUUAAAGAACCCACAACUAAGACACGACAUUUUAUUUGAUCCACAAUUACAAUUUAGACCAAAUUUGGAUGGUGAACGCGGGAAACGGAAGAAAUCCAUUAUUGAUAAAUAUUGGUUAGAAGUACGGAAAGAAUGUCAAGGAUUUUUCAAUCAAAAAGUAAAACCCGAAGAAAUAAAAAUUCAUCGAUUACCUAUAUUAUUUACAACAUUAAGAGACAUUUUAUUAUCAUUAUUACCAACUAAAGAUCGUCAACAAGUGAGCGAAAUUAUGGAUAUUGAAUUAUUGGUGCAACAAUUGAAACAUGGAUCAUUUGAUUUUGUAGAAAUGAGUCAAUGGUUAGGUGAUGUUUUCAAACUGCAUUGUGCUCCAAUGAGAGAUCAAUGGGUAGUGGAAAUGAUUGAAAAAUUUGUUGAUGCUUACAAUUAUAACAAUGUUUCAUAUUUGGUCAAUGGAUUAAGAAUGAUUUUCCAAAUUUUGGAAGCCAUGAAAUUGGAUGUUGCCAAUCAUCAAAUUCGAAUUUUACGCCCCGUUUUAAUUGAAACUGCAGUAGAUUUUGAAAGAGAUUAUUUUCAAACUUUAAUCAAUCAUUCGAAAAUAAAUAUUCAUGAUUCAUUAAAUUGGUUUUAUAAGAAUUUUGUUAAGAAGUUUGACAGUAUUCAACAAUCAUCAACAGCAGGAGGAGGUGGUGGUACAAAUCCAGCUAAGAGAUUAUCUACUUUACACCAAGAUGCUAUUAAUAAUACCAAUUUGAAACCAAUAAUAAUAUCUUCAGUUAUUGAUUUAUUGAGUUGUCGACAAAUGGCCAGUGAAUUCCCUUCGACAUUGGCAUUUGAUCAUACCAGAUUGGUGUUAUUAAGAGCUGAUGCCCGUCAAUUAGUUUGUAUUCAAUUAUGUGUGGUGUUGUAUAAACAAUUGGUGAUUAAUGCUAAAGUUUCAACCAAUUUAUUAUCCCCAAAUAAUAUUGCCAAAGUUCAACAAGAAAUUUUAGCCAUUGUCACUGAUGAUAGUGGGAAUAUCAAAUGGACGAAAAACAUAUCGGCUAUUUCAUUACAAUUGGUGAAGAAUUUAUAUCCCAAUGAAUCAAAAAUCAAUGUAUCAGAUCCUUCGAUUAAAAGUUUAGUACAAUUCAGUCAUAGCUGGUUACUGAAACAUAUGCAACCAAAUUCUCAAGUUUAUGGCUUGAUGGAAAUUAAGGUUUUCAAAGAGCUAUUAACAGAAAUUUCAGUAUUAGUUGAAAAUGAUGAUUUAAUAAGUGAUACCAGUAAUAUCACCACCACUACCACCACCAGUACUGGUGCUGGUGCUGCUGCCACCGCACCUAUUGCAAACACCACCACUACCACCACUACGACUACAACCAAUAAUGAAUUGAAGAAUAUUGCUACAAGAAUAGCAACUUUAGUUAAAUUUCAUUGGAAUGUAUUUGGUGGUUAUUAUAUUGAUUAUCUCAAAUCUCAACGAUCAAAAUUACAACAAGAACAAGAUAAUUCUACAAUUUUACCAACAAUGAUGGAAGAUGGUGAUGAUAAUAACAAUGUUAGUUCAAAAAAGAAAAAUGAUGAUGAUAAAACUAAUAAUACUAAUCCAACAUCUCAUCGUGGUGGUGAAAAUAAUUCAAAUAUUGAUAAUACUACUUCUGCUCCAUUAAGUAUGUUAUCAUGA